GGAGACCUGGGAGCUGCCCACCCGAGACCAGGGACUCAGUGUGCCUGUCGCAGCCCAGCACUGUGGGUGGGGUCUUUGGAAGCACAGGCUUACUUGAUUUUUGGCAUCAAGACCAUCUGGAAUUUCGACAAGGGUGAUAAGUUCCCAAAGCUUAGCUUACGAAACAAAAUAAUAAUAGUAAACCUUGAAUUGUAAGUUCUUUGCAUCUCUGCAGUCCCUUUUUUGUUGGCUGUCUGUGUUUGCGGCUGCUCAGUCAUCACAAGAGCCGGAGCCGGCUUGGCAGAGUUCCUCACUGCAGUGUGGCUUCCUUCCACUUUCUUUAAGUGACCACUGCUGCUGAGAACAUUGAUCUGUUCUGCUUUUGUUUGGGUUAGUCCCUAGGGAGACUUCCCAAAACAAAAUUCCUGCAUCUGAAGAAUGACAGUGAUGAUGGGCGGGUUAGGGUCAGGGAACAGUGUCACGGGUGCUGUUUGUACUUGCUCCUGUAUUGGGGCCGCACGGCCUCCCCAAGCGGCUCAUCAGAGUCUGUUCUGACAUUCAGUGGUGAUGGUUCAGGUCCUGGGGGCCGUCUGGGGGCACUUGUCAUGCCCACUGUGUCCCUUCCUGUCUAAAUUCCUGUUUUUCCCGCAGAGCAAAGCCUGGAGUUGGGCUUCAGAAUCCUGAGGGGCGCGGAGGGAGGGGUGCUUGUUAAAAGCCAAUUUCGGUGCCCCAUAUGGCUCUGUGUUUUCCUGCCUUGCAAGUGUCCAGUGGUUUCGAUUUGAGACUCACAGGGUUUUGCACAUUUUUGCAUCUGAUCACAGACUUGUUCCAGAAGACCCAGACCUUUCUUACCAAAGUAUAAGUAAAGAAAAAUUAAAAAUUAGUGCUACUUUUAAAAUUUCUUUUGUUCAUUUUUUAUCAGACUACAAGUGUCUUAGUCCAUUUGGGAUGCUGUAACAAAAUGAAACAACAGAUAUUUAUUUCUCACAGUUCUGGAGGCUGGAAGUUGGAGAGCAGGUCCCCACACGGUCAAGGACUCACCCCAGGUGGAAGUCUUUUCUGCUUCUCCCUCUGCCUCACGCAUAUUGACAGCCUAAUCCAGUCGGAGGAGAUGACUCCCAGUCCAGCAGCAUCUGACUGUACCGGCAGUUCUGAGCGGUCUUUUCACUGACCUUUCGGUCCUCAUGAGGCCCUGAGAGGAGCCCUCAGGCUCCUCCGAUUUCCAUCUUCCUCAGAGACCCCAGGGCCCAGUGAUGGCAGCAGCAGGGCUCCUGCCGCCGCCGGCAAGACCGCAGCCCCUGUCAUUGCAGGCUGAGGUGACCUUCGAGGACGUGGCUGUGCUCCUCUCCCAGGAAGAGUGGGACCGCCUGGGCCCUGCUCAGCGCGGCCUCUACCGACACGUGAUGAUGGAGACCUACGGGAACGUGGUCUCGCUGGGACUUCCAGGAUCCAAGCCCAGCAUAAUCUCCCAGCUGGAGCGAGGGGAAGAGCCGUGGGUGCUGGACGGGCAGGGGACUGAGAAGAGCAGGGGCCCAGGCAGUAGCCACUCAGACAGCCUCAAAUGUGACCACGUGACAGCUUGUAUGCAACAAGACAGUUCAUCCUGUCCAUGGGAAUGUGAAAACAAGGCAGAGAACCAAAAUAGAGACUUGAGUCUUAAGCCAUUCAUUUCAGAGGAAAUAUCAAUGAUUCUGGGGAAAACACCCACAAUGUGGGUUGAUCAAGGAAAUUAUGAAUCUGAGCGGAGCUUCUGCCUGAGUCCAAGCCCUGUUGGCCCCACCCAAGUUCAGGUCCUGAGCCAGAGCGUGGCUGUCACUCAGCAUCAAGCCGCUCCUAACGGGGAGAGACCCUACAAGUGCAUGGAGUGUGGAAAAUGCUUUGGCCGGAGCUCCCAUCUCCUCCAGCAUCAGAGAACCCACACUGGAGAGAAGCCCUAUGUGUGUGGUGUGUGUGGGAAGGCCUUCAGCCAGAGCUCGGUCCUCAGUAAACACAGGAGGAUCCACACGGGGGAGAAGCCCUACGAGUGUAAUGAAUGUGGAAAGUCCUUCCGCGUGAGCUCGGAUCUUGCUCAGCAUCAUAAAAUACACACGGGGGAGAAGCCGCACGAGUGUCUUGAGUGCCGGAAGGCCUUUACUCAGCUCUCACACCUCAUCCAGCACCAGCGGAUCCACACCGGAGAAAGGCCGUACGUGUGCCCGCUGUGCGGGAAGGCGUUCAACCACAGCACGGUCCUGCGCAGCCACCAGCGGGUGCACACCGGCGAGAAGCCGCACGAGUGCGCGGAGUGCGGGCGCGCCUUCAGCGUGAAGAGGACGCUCCUGCAGCACCAGCGGGUGCACACGGGCGAGAAGCCGUACACGUGCAGCGAGUGCGGGCGCGCCUUCAGCGACCGCUCCGUGCUCAUCCAGCACCACAACGUGCACUCCGGGGAGAAGCCCUACGAGUGCGGCGAGUGCGGCAAGGCCUUCAGCCACCGCUCCACGCUGAUGAACCACGAGCGCAUCCACACGGAGGAGAAGCCCUACGGCUGCUACGCCUGCGGCAAGGCCUUCGUGCAGCACUCGCACCUGAUCCAGCACCAGCGGGUGCACACCGGCGAGAAGCCCUACGUGUGCGGCGAGUGCGGGCACGCCUUCAGCGCCCGCCGCUCUCUGGUGCAGCACGAGCGGAUCCACACGGGCGAGCGGCCCUUCCGCUGCUCGCAGUGCGGCAAGGCCUUCAGCCUGAAGGCCACGCUGAUCGUGCACCUGCGGACGCACACGGGCGAGCGGCCCUACGAGUGCGGCCGCUGCGGCAAGGCCUUCAGCCAGUACUCGGUGCUCAUCCAGCACCAGAGGAUCCACACGGGCGAGCGGCCCUACGAGUGCGGCGAGUGCGGGCGCGCCUUCAACCAGCACGGGCACCUGAUCCAGCACCAGAAGGUGCACCGGCGGCUGUGAGCUCCGCGCGGCGCGGCCUGGCAGCUCGGCGGGGGCCCCCGGAAACUCAGUGUCACCGAGUGACUCCGGAGAGAAGCCGGGCGAAGCUGCAGGAGACGCCCGUUUCAUCCUUCUCCACGGCUCCAAGUUGCGCAGGAGAGGAAUCACACAGCUGUGGGUUUUGUAAAGACACCAUAAUUCUUUAACGUUAGACAGUGUAUUUGAACUGAGAAACUAAAGGAAGCUAAGGCAUAGGAUUACUGUCGCAAUAAAACUUUCUGACAUUCCAAAUAACCUUUUUUUUCUUAGAGUAUUGCGUGCCUUCCCUAAAUACAAUGAUUAUUCUAGUUGAAAUUAGAAAGUUGGACUAUUUUCAAUAUUCUGUUAAAGCACUAAAGUGCUGUGUGGAUAAAAUAUUUUUAAAAAGAUUGUCAUCAAGUAUCAUGUAGUAUGGCUGGAAAUCUUAAGUGUGUGGAACUACCUGUUUGGUAUGCAAAGGAAAAAGUCUAGAGGUUAAUUCGUGAGAAAUGAUGUAAAUUUAGAAAACCCUUAUCUAGUGCUUUAACUUUAUUCACGAUCAGAAGGGAUGUCCUAACUUUUUAGUGAAAAUUCAACUCAAAAGUGGAUCUUUUCCUCAAAACCCACCCUCAUGAUACAGAAUCUGUGGCCCCAUAAUCAUGGGAUGUCUGGGGCCUCUGGGCUCCAACUGGACAUAGGAGGGGGGCUCUGAUCUCAGGGCCCAGACUCCACAGUUGCUACACCAAGCGGGUGCCUCUUUACACAGUAAUGGUGUUUUUAAAAAAAAAGUUACUAAAAAGUUCUUUCGUGCAUAAUUUUAAAACAUAAAAUUCUCAAAUUCAAAUAGCUCUUUUCACUGUCUCUAAUAUCACUAUUCCUGUGUUUGAGGGGUUUUUUGUUUUGUUUCAUUUUUUUACUCCCGGUUCCAAGAUAGUCUAGUAUCCCAUUGUCAUGUACUGUGAUGCAUCUGGUUUAGUCAUAAUUUUAGUUAUUUUCUCUUUCUUGUGAAAACGUUAUCAGCGUCUCAGGAAAAAGUGAGCGCUAGGGCAUUGAUCCUUAAGGCCACAGCCGUGCACGGUGACGCAGAUAAAACCUUGUUCUCACUUCUGCAGACAGCGGUGAGACAAGGUCACUGGAUGUCAUCACAGAGGAGACGAGGUCACUGUGUGUUACUUCUGAGAGGAGAUGAGGUCACUGGGUGUCACAUCCCAGAGGAGACGAGGUCACUGGGUGUUACUUCUGAG